AUGUCCAGCCCAGCCACCCGCCGUCCAGCCCGUCUCCGUCCCCAACCCUCCUCCUCCUCCUCCUCCUCCCCCGCGCCCCGUUCCCCCUCCUUCCUCCCCUCCGGCCUCUCCCAACCCUCCAACGCCCAACGCCUCCCAUCCCGUCCCUCCCACCCUUCCCACCUCUCCCACUCCUCCCACCCCUCCUACGGCCCCGGGAACGCCUCCACCUACGCCUACACUGACUACCCGCGUUUCCUCACUCUAUGGGAAACAGCUAGCUUGCACGCUUCGUGGGCGCUACACGGGCUCUGGGACGCCUUCCGAUGGGACCACGUCUUCCGGUUUAUCCAAGAGCCUGAGAUACAAAAGAACGUGCUCAAGAGUCUCCUGCUGAAUGGCCUAAGCCUAAUCUCAAUAUUCACCUUCGAAUGGCUCCUCCUCCCUCUCCUGCCUCAUAACCCCUCCUACCAGCGCAACCUAGGAACAGCAUACCAAGUCCUCUGGCUCUGGCCCGUCGUCGGCGCUUCCCUAUGGUUCAACAGUAUCUGGAGCACGACAAUAGCGCGCAAAGCCUUCCUCUUACAACAUGGCCAGGCCCCAGUACCAGACACGCCCAGCUACGGCGGAGUGCUGAACAGUAUCGCCAGCAGCGCGUAUAGGCUCAUAUUCCUCCUUUCGUACCUCUUUCUCCAGCUGUGUCUGGCCUACUUGCCAGUAAUGGGCAAGCCGGCGGGGUUCGUCUUCACCUGCUGGGUCAAUUCGUACUACAGCUUCGAGUUUGUCAAUAUCGCGCGUGGGCUUACGCUCAGCGAGCGAAUAAAGCAGCACGAAGAACGCUGGGCCUACUAUCUCUUCUUCGGUCUGCCAUCAGCAGCCCUCUGCAUGUGGGGAAGCAGCCUAGCCAACGCCGCUUCCUACGCCCUCCUCUUCCCAGCAUACAACAUCAUGUCCAUGCCUGCGCACCCACUCCCUCGGCAUCCCUACGCCCCCCACCCGAGCCCUAGCGCAGGGGGCCAACCAGCCCUGCUCUCACCGUAUAUCCCUAUCCGGAUCCCUGUGUUCACGCCUGUCAUACUGGUGAACGAAGUUGUCGUAAGGGCGCUGAGUGUGGGUACGCGGACGCGCAGGGGGACGGGGGGCAGGCCGGCGGCUGGGAGCCCUGUGAGGGGGAAGAGGUGGGGGACGCAGGCUAUGGAGUUGACUGAAGAGGGGACGGAGGUGGACACGUUUCGACCUAGGCGGAAACUGGACUGA